GGCGCUCUGGACGUGGAGAUCGAUUUGUUUAAAUAUGGCGGCUUCAGAUGCUGGAUUGCGACAGAGACUGAUCCCAGAAUCAGAGGCGUCUGACUGGGACCCAGACCUGCCGUAUGGGGGCAAAGUUUACCUGGCCAGGAAAAAGAAACCCGAUCCUACCUAUGUCAAAGUUAUUGAGGCGGUAGUGUUGAUUUCUACCCUGAGUUUCGCUCUUUAUGCAUACUACUAUUUCGACCACCUCCACUUCAACGUGACGUAUGGCUACGCUUGGUUGGGGUAUCCAAGUGCAAAUCAUCAAAUUGGGCAGAGGUAUCUUCAUGGAAAAGGUGUGGAAAAGCACAUAGGGAAAGCUAUGGAACAUUUCAAAAAAGCUGCUGAUCAAGGCCAUCCUCAUGCAGCUUAUAAUUUAGCCAUUGGUCACCUGAAGGGCUACAAGUCCGGCCUCAAACCGGGAGAGGCUCACAAGCUGAUUCAACACGCUGCAUCUAAAGGUGUGAAAGAAGCCCAUCAGGUGCUGAAUGAGGUAUGCUCCAGGGGUGGCUGCAAAAACUAACUACAGGACACAGGCGCACACCUCUGAUGGUGGACAAGGAUCAACAACGAAAUAAACAUUUUGGAUUGACCAUUCACCGAAUGAUAAAUUAAAAUAUGCUGCUGUUGAAUUUUUACACAUUGAAUAUGUUGAAUCUACUUCAAAGUCACUAACCAUUGCAUCUUGUUUUAGUAGAAGUUAAUACAUUUACACAAUAUUAAUGCUUUUGUUAUCGUUCGUAUAAAUAUUCCGUCCAGCUUUGUACAUGUUGAUCUGCUGACAAUUAUAUCUACCCGUCAAUAUACAGUACAUUGUAAAUAUUUUAUUUCCUUCAGAAUAGAUAUAUUUUUAUUUCAUUUGGUGUGUUAUUUGCAUAUAAAUAUUUUAUUGCAAUAAAUUAUAAAAAGAA